GCGGCUCGUGAAGUUGUUGUGAAUCGAGAGUGUUUGCGCCGGCGUCUCUUUUGCAGUUCUAGGAGGUGUUAACGAGCGCUGUUUCGCGUAACCUCGAAUUCAGCAGCGUCAAUUAACGAUAUUGGUGUUAUUCGAAGCACGCUGAACCUAUCCCGGUAUGGAGAGCGACCCGGAAUCGUCGAAGUGGAAACCGGUGUUCACCCGGUUGAUGGCCAUCCUGCAGAACGUUCAAGCUCAAGUCGACGCGGAGCGGCAAUCGUUGGACGCAAUGAACGAGUUUUACCGGCAGUUCAACUCGCUACCCGCCGCCGAAGAAACGAAAGAAGACCAAGCUAGUACCCCUCAAAUGGACGUAGCGCAAGCCAAGCAAACGCUUCUAGACUAUCUGGAGAAAGCUGACACUGUGCUGGUGAAAGCGAGAAGUCUGAGGCAAGCAGACGGUGGAGACGGCACCAGUAAAAACAAAAGGCACUCGACAAAGAUAACAAACCCCUCCACCGUGGCUUCAAAGAAAAUUGAUGACCGCCAGCCUGAUAAGCCUCAAGUUGUGACAAGGACGACUGUGCCGAAGCAAGGGGCGCGUUCGCGAAGUCGUUCGGUGGUGACGGUGAGAAAGGUAGCCAUCGCCAGAAACCAGCCGCGCUCUACGUCCCAGUCGCGAAGCCAGAAGCAGCACCGGCAGCCGAGUCCGCCGAAGAAAAGCGAUAAAAUCGCAUACAGAGAAAUGCUGAGCUCUGUGGAGGUUCAAGCACAACUGCGCGAGUUCUCUGCUCUAGUCGACGAAGCGCGGAAGUGCGCUGCGUCGAACGCCGAGUGCCCAGAGCGAGCACAGUUUCUGGCCUUGUAUGGCUCUGGGGAGACCGCUGCUGAUGGAAAAUCAAGUAAAAAUGAAUUGUCGCCAGUGCUGACAUCGCCGACUUUCCCCUCUCUGGAGGAGCUGCGACGGGAGUUUGAUGCCUACAUCGAAAAGAAAUGCGCUUCCUUGGACAAGUUUGUUCUGGACGUCUGUGCCGAAAGUGUUGUGCCACUCCUGGAGAGCACGACGUGCCCGGACAAAGAAUAUGCUGCAGUUGUGCAGGCCUUCUACGGGAUCAUCUGCAACAAGGGACGUCGGUUGCCAGCAUUCGUCAAGCCCGACCAGUGACGGCGGCUUUUGCCUUUGUAGCCGAUACUUUCGAAAUGCUCAGCCAGUCCUAUUGAGCACUUUUUAAUGCAUUUUUUUCAUGACCGUAUUUAUUUAUUUAUUUAUACUUAUACCUCAUUUUAUUCCAUAACUACAAGAAUAAACUGAAUUGCUCAAUUCCCA